AUGGGUAUCUUUGCAUUGGUGACAGGAAGGCCAGGGCCUAGUGGGUUCGGGUCAGCUUCAACUGCUGAGCAGGUUACUGAAGGAGUUGAUGCUAGCAACCUUACCGCUAUUGUAACUGGUGGGGCAAGUGGGAUUGGGUUUGAGACAGCAAGAGUCUUGGCACUUCGUCGAGCCCAUGUCAUCAUUGCCGCCAGAAACAUAGAGGCUGCUAAUGAAGCAAAACAGGCUAUUAUUAAAGAAAAUAUAAGUGCCCGAGUGGAUGUUCUGAAACUUGACCUCUGCUCUGUCAAGUCUGUUAGAGCAUUUGUUGAUAGCUUCAAUGCUCUUGAUCUUCCUCUCAACCUCUUAAU